AAGGAAAGGGUGUCGCUGUAAAUGUGCAUACAAAUACGCAUAAGUGGUUAUAAAUAUAUCGAUACGCAUGCAUCAGAAGAGGCAGAGAGGUGGAGAAGACAACCCUUUCCAGCUUGAUUAGUGAACGUGUGCUCAUGUAUAACGAGUGAAUACACCGACACGUAAACAAUUAAGAUAUACCUACACAUUCCGACUAGUCACAUGUUUUCACAUUCAUUUACUGUUGUACCUAACACCAGAGUUGUAGUUUGGGGAGGCGUCUGCCAACGGAGGUGAAAGAUAAGGAAAUCCGGGAAGAUGCAUCUUUAUGUGCGAUGCAGAGUUGACAGUGCAUGCACAUAUAGAGACACAUACGGAUAUAGCAUUCCUGCAAACGGUUCGUACAGGCGUGUGAAAGAGUACUGCCAAUGCAUAUUACAACUGUAUAUGCACAAAUAUGUAGUGCACUGUGACUUGCAAGCCCCCACGCCGCCACUUCAAUCGAGCUCGUGGGUAUCUGCUGUGUUGGUUGCAGCCUGUGAACCCCCGCCAGCACCACAUGUGUAUGUGAACCUUUUGUACAAGCACGUCCUAAACGAGCCUUAUAACCCGCCGCCAUUCCUCGCCCGCCUCAUUCCGUGUCCUGACGCUUUUACCUUCUUGAAGAACACUGGACCUCUUCCAUGUUGCCCCUCUCCAUGGUCGAUCGAGAAUGCAGUCCUAGGGAGCAAAGCAGUGGCGUCGGUGAUUCGCAAAGACGCUAUACAAAUUAGCAAGCAAGGCAAGAGAAGACGAAAGAAUGGGAAAGCUGCAGCCGGAAGUCGAGGCGGAAGUCCGAGGAGACGCCCAGGACCUGUAUGAUAGAAUUGCGGGGACGAUCAGACCUCCGGCCGUCUACAUCCUAGGAGGGCUUCUUCACACUGCGUUUCUGCGGCUUUUCGACCGCAUUGUUGUUGAAAGCACAGAGGUCGAACGACUGAGAAAAACGGUGCAAGAGAGCCACGGCCCAGUUAUCCUCCUACCUACACACAGGUCUUACAUGGAUUCCCUCCUUCUAUUUUACAUGUGCCUCGGCAAUGGGAUGCCUCUCCCCUUCGUGGCGGCGGACGAAAAUUUGGCGCAAAUUGCGAUCAUAAAUCGACUUCUUCGAAACUCUGGAACCUUUUUUCUCAAAAAGCCCGUCAGCCUAUCAAAGAGCCAAACGAAGAGCCCGUCUUCCCGACUUUAUUAUACAGUGGUGCACCAGUAUAUUCAGGCAGUUGCAAAGCGUCACGGAUAUCUCGAGUUCUUUAUUGAGGGCGGACGAAGCAAAACAGGCUUGCUCUCUCGCCCACAAAAUGGUAUUCUCCGGUCAGUGCUGGACCUGUACUUCGACUUCGAACAGCCGAACGUCACUUUUGUUCCAAUCACAAUUUCGUACGACAAGGUUUUGGAAGCUGACUCAUUUCCGCAGGAGCUUUUAGGCGGCCACAGGAAGAAAGAAGACUUGCGUCGUGUCCUCAAUGUCAUUCGUUGCAUGUCGUGUUACGGCCAGGACUGUAAAAUCCAAGGCACAGAUAGCAAUGGCCUUCAACAGCGGUUCGGUCUCGGUUCCAAGCCCCUUGGCUCUGCGUACAUUAAAAUCGCCGAACCCACUACUUUCAAGUUGACUGCCGACUUCGCGGACCACCUGAUGGGCAACCUGUCUUCCAACCUUAUCGUAUCUCCGACUUCCCUGGUGGCCACUAUCCUCUGCAUGCAUCGCAAUGGCAUCCGCGAGGAGGAUCUGGAGGACCAGGUCCAGUGGUUGCGCGAUCAGGUACUUCUUCGCGGUGGACUUCUAUCCCCCGGCGUCGGUGGCCUGAUGUUUGAUAUGCGUCUCAUCGUUCAAGCAGCCCUGCAGACAUAUCUACGAGGCGUUGUUGCAAGCAGUGGGGGUGGCUGGUCUGUCAUUCAGAGUGUCGCCCCCGGUGCCGCUGGCGCGAACGGAGUCUCAGGAACCCCUUCAGUCGGCGACCUAACAAUGAAACGACCUUCUACCGUAGGAGGGACAGUUGUAGGGCCUCUCGGUGCCGAUGCGCCUCGCCUAGUUCUUGCUUACUACAGAAAUGAAUGCUGUCAUUUGUUCAUUCUUGAGGCUAUAGUAUGUGCUGCUCUGUUUGCUUUUGGUCAUGAGACAGCGUGGGAAGAAGGCGCUGACAGCACGGCUCUGACAGAAAAAGCAGUUUUUUUGAUGGAACUGCUCAAGGACCAUUUCGCUUUGAAAUCCCAGAUGAGAGAAGGCGAAAUUCUCAAGGUGAGCAGACAUAUCCGAAAAGCGAAUCCAGACAACUGA